AUGCUGGGAAUGACAUUGCUCGACCAAAAACUAAAUGAUAAGAUUGGGCAGAGGACCCGUGGGAGGGAUGUGGUAAAAACCAUCACACCCCAGAAGUGGGCUUGGACUGGCCAUUUCGCCAUGAUGCCCCACAGAUCGAUAGGCAACAAGGGUCCUAGAAUGGAGACACCAUGGUCCAACACCAGACCAAGGUGCUGCCUACCAAAACGAUGGCUGACGACAUCCGGGGGACAGGCAGAACAUGACUGGAUGCUCAAGACCGCAGGCAGUAAGCCUUACGGCUUAGAAGAUUUUGAGAGACGCCAAUGUACAAAGGUGUGCCAAAAAAAGUAG